CAAAUCUUUUCAAUAUUUAUUUGAAAUAUAAAAAAUAUUGUAAAAGUUUUUAAUAUCAUGGAAUACUUUUCACAUCCUGUAUCUCCUAUCACACCUCCACCCCCAGAAAGCGUUGAAGAUCCAGAAAACAUCAAAAAACUACCACCACAAUUUCAAUUUGAAAAUAUAACCGUAGCCAAGCCACCGCUAUUAAAAAUUUACUAUUGGGAAAGUUUGGACUUAGAGAAUUUAAACCACAAACUUUUAACAGAUAACUCCUUUAUAGAACAUCAUUUGGAAUUGCCUACACGCCAACUAAAUAGCACACCUUUGAAAAUUAUUUUCUGGUUACGCAAUGUUAGUGAUUAUGAGUUUACUAUGCGUUUAAAACGCAUACAAAAUUGUCAAUGUAUGCCCCGGGAGACCAGGGUGGGGUUUAAUCAAUUUCGCCAAUUAUAUCACUGUCCCCAUCGACGUUUAAUACAUAUUAGUCAGGAGAUGUAUGUAAUGAAACCGGGUGAUUUGGUAGCCAUGUCGGUGUUGGCUUAUUAUUAUAUUUUGGGAGAUCAUAUAUUGAGUUUUGAAUUAAGAAUUUCCGAUUCGCGCAUCAUUUCGCUACAUUUCCAUGUAAAUAUUACCACUUUCGACCCCGUGAAAAGUGUUCUAACCACUAAAAUGAUUCCAGUUGAUAUUAAGGAGCAUCGCAGCAUGGCUCAACCUUUAUGGAUACGUAAUAUAACAAUGCAAAAUCUGCAAUUUCUAUUUAGUGGAAAAAAUCGUGGUCUUCGUUUGAUUAAUCCCAAUAUGGAAGUACCAAGACAAAGUGUGUGGCCGUUGAUUGUGGAGUACAGGCCCAAUGAUUUUGAAAAUAAUCUGAAUUUAUUUUUAAACUAUGGCACCAAGUUAACAUCUAAUGGUAAUGCUGGAAAUCGUUUUAAAAUACCCAUAACCUGUAAAGGUUACAUGCAGCAAGAGAUUGUAGAUUCCCAAGCCCCUCUUUUGGAUUAUGAAUGUUCUGAUUACCUGUAUGUGGUGUACCCGAAUAAGUUGGAAUUUACCACAGAAAUAAAUGAAGAAAAAACCUUAAUGGUUGCGGUGCACAAUUACAAUCAAAAGUGCAUGGAAUUUAAAUGGCAAACCUACACUAUUAACGAAUACUUCAGUUUUACUUUUGAACCUAAUACAUUUACUCUUAAGCCUCAUCGUUCCAAACUAUGUGUGGUGCAAGUGAAAUCAUUUAGCAAUCCUUUACAUUUCAAACGUAUACCGUGUGUUUUGGAGAUACAUCGCAUUCUAGAUAAAUCCACACAAAUAGCUCAAUCUUUAUUAACAGAAGUGGAGUCUAUAGAUGAUCCCAAAUGGUUAGAGAAUAGCUAUGUGGAGCAUGUUCUUUUGCAUAUAGAUUUAAAAGUUAAAUUACCUCCUAUAGAAAAGGAGAAGGUAAUAGAGGAACAGGACUUAAACAAAGACUCCAUAAACAAUCAAACUACAAUAUUUGAGAAAUUAUUUUGGGAAUAUUUAGCCAAAUCAAAUUAUAUGCGUAACACCAGUAAAAUACCCCGAAAUUUAAAUUAUGAACAAGUUUUGAAUAAGGACUUCAAUUCAAAGAAUAGGGAUUCUAAACCCGAUAAUAAAAAGCAAGCAGCUUUCAAUAUUUUAAGUUUUCUUACGGCUGAAGCUUGUCGUGAUCUGUCCAAAAAUUAUCGCUUUGUACCUGUCGAAAUUUUGGAUUCUAUUUAAAAUUUACCUCUUAAAUUACGCAUGUACAGGGCCAAAGGUAACAUGGAGUCUCUUUGUAAGCAGGACUGAUGGACUAGACUGGAAAUGCGUUUUAC